UUGUGGGACAUUCGAAUGCGAAUGCACAUUUACGCUACUCAUUUUAAGUAUACAUACAUAUAUAUAACUGUAAACAACAAAAUUUACCGACAAAUGUCAAAAUUAAUCUCCAUGGCAACGAAAUAAGUGUAACAUUUUUCGCCAGAAAUCAAUAUUAUAAAUAAACUAUAUAGUGUUUGAAUUGGAUUUUCUAAAAAUGAUUUUGUCACGUGUUAGCAGGGAUAACUUGGGAAAGCAAUUUACAAAACUUACAAUUCCGGAUUUUGACGAGUUGAUUAUGAAACGUGACUAUACUGGUGGCAUUGUUUAUAUACGAACAUUAUUGGAAAAAGAGGAUCAUAUUUCUGGAAAUGAUGAGCUGUCUAAACAUUGGAAAACAUUUUGCAAUUUCCAUUUGGGAAAUUAUAAAGAGGCUUUAAAUGAGUACAAAUGUAUUAAAGACAGUAAUACCUCGAGAAUAGACAGUAAUACAUUAAUGAUGAAUAUGGCGAUAUGCCAGUUUUAUUUGGGAAUGUACUUUGAAUCGCAAUCAAUUGUUGAUGACAUUCCAAAUAAUUCAUUGAAAGUCAGACUACUUUUUCAUUUGGCUCACAAAUUGAAUGAUGAAGAUCGAUUAUUGGAGCUACAUGGUUCACUGUCUUUGGACACUGUGGAAGAUCAAUUGAGUUUGGCAUCAAUGCACUAUUUGCGCGCUCACUAUCAAGAUGCGAUUGAUAUCUACAAAAAGAUUCUUUUAGACAAAAAGGAAUUCAUUGCUCUCAACAUCUCUUUGGCUCUUUGCUUUUACAAAUUAGACUUUUUCGAUCAUUCUCAAGAGGCACUUGAUUUGUAUCUGACUAAGUAUCCAGAUAGCAUUAUAGCUAUCAAUUUGAAAGCUUGCAAUCGCUUUCGACUAACAAAUGCAACAGCUGCUGAAAAUGAAUUGAAAAAUCUGAUUAGAAUUGAUGGUAUAUUCGGUACGGAUUUGAUUAUGCACAACUUGGUUGUGUUCAGAAAUGGAGAAGGGGCGUUACAAAUCUUACCAAAACUUAUUGAUGUAAUAAGUGAAGCGCGUCUAAAUCUCACUAUUUAUUAUUUGAGAUCUGGUGAUGUAGACAAAGCGCAAGAUUUAAUGGGCAAGAUAUUGAAACCAUCUGUUCCAUCAGAAUAUAUAUUGAAAGGAGUUAUUCACACCCUAUUGGCGCAAAAGCUGGAUUCGCGGGAACAUCUUAAGAAUGCUGGGCAAUAUUUUCAGUUAGUAGGAGGAAGUGCAACUGAGUGUGACACAAUUGGUGGUCGUCAAUGUAUGGCCUCCGCAUUCUUUCUUUAUGGACAAUUUGAGGAGGUUCUUGUGUAUUUAAAUUCUAUUCGUAGUUUUUUCGUCAACGAUGAUGUAUUCAAUUACAAUUAUGCGCAGGCAAAAGCUGCCACUGGCAACUACAAAGAAGCCAUUGAUUUAUUCAAUCAAAUCACUGACCCCUUCAUCAUACAACAGUCAUCUUUUAGUAUGGUCCUGUGCAAGUGUUACAUCUUAUGUGGCAAUUCUGAAGAGGCUUGGACUCUUUAUAUGUCAAGAAACUCUAGAAACAUAAUGAUGCUACAAUUGAUUGCAAUAGAAUGUUAUCGCAUUGGUCAAUAUUGGGUAGCUGCAAAAGCAUUUGAUAUGCUGGAAAAAUUAUCGAGUGAUCCAAAUCCGGAAUACUAUGAAGGAAAGCGUGGUGCAUGUAUUGGCGCAUUAUAUUCCAUAAUUACAAGUCGAGCGACUGGUUCUCCACCGAAUGGAUUGAUGGAUAUCUGUGAUCUGUUACGUGAAUCAAAUAAUCCGCAAGCUGACACCAUAGUUAAAAUCAUUCGCCGAUUUUCUAGCAACCUUAGUUAAAUAAUUUCUUAAUAAAAUAUUCGAAAAAAUCGUUUUUAUGAUGAACAAUCAACGUUCAACAAUUUUAUUUUAUUAGAUAGAUAAAUCGGAGCGAAAAAUUUUCAGGCAGACAACUUGCAUUUAACCCUUACGACUGCAACCAGUUCAUCUAUUUUUCUAAUUUGAUACUUUGUGUAACAUUUGACAAAAAUGUGUUACAAAUCAAAA